CAGGGUCGUCUGUGAUGCCAACUUCAUCCUUUUCGGUUCGGACAGAUGUGGAGGGUCAAAGUUUUCAGGGAAAUAGAAAUUUUAUAUUCAGUUUGUUUGAUUGCAGAGAUUUCGGUGAAAAAGACAUGAGAAAAUAAAAAGAGAGAGAAGAAAAGGAAAAGAAAAUGAAGCAGAUUCCAUUUCAAUCUUAGGCUCUAAAAUGCUAAUAAAUACAACAUAAUACAUACCAUAAUCCAUAUUUAUAUAUUCAAGUAGAAACCCUUUUACGUGUGUACCUAUAUAUUUCCAACUUUGUGCAGCUUCUAAUUAUCAAGGUAUUAUCGUUUCCCAAGAGAAAAAGUGAGGGUUAGAAAAAGUGAGAAAAAUGGAGCUUAAUCAACAGGGCUUCUUGGAGGAGCUGCUAGCUUUCAGAAGAGACACUUGGGAAACUAUGCCAAGUUUUCCUUCAGAAAUGAGUGAGCUUUUCUCUAGUGGGUUAAACUUUGAUUGCUUUGAUGAUAAUCUUGCAGCCACACUCCCUCCCAAUACUUUCCAUGAAGAAUUCUCUUCUCCUCUUGAUCAAGAAUUCAACAAUUACUACUUUAAUGAAGUUUCCUGCCCAUUUGGCGAUGAAUUCUCGACUCCUUCAUUCACAGAUGAGUUCUCAGCUCCACAGUUUACUGAUUCUUCGUAUAACACUCUUGACACGCUGCCGUUUCCUGUUCAAGAAGAUACUCCAAUUUCUACCACAAUGGAGGAUGACCAGGACCUGGGUCUGCUUCCGAAUCAUGUCCACAGUUUGGAUAUGCAGGAUACUUGCAAAGUUGAGCGAAUUCAGUCUCCAGAAAUACCAGUGUUCAAUAUUGGUUCUUGCCCAGAAAGAAAGAUGAGAGGUAAGAAGUUGGAGGGGCAGCCAUCAAAGAACCUAAUGGCGGAGAGAAGAAGAAGAAAGAGGUUAAAUGAUCGGCUUUCGAUGCUAAGAUCAAUUGUUCCUAAGAUAAGCAAGAUGGACAGAACAUCAAUACUGGGAGACACAAUAGAUUACGUGAAGGAGCUACUGGACAGAAUCCAAAGCUUGCAACAAGAGAUUGAAGUGGGUUCAGAUCAGUUGAACAUGAUGGGCAUUUUGAAGGAUACAAAAGCAAGUGAAUUCAUAGUGAGAAAUUCACCAAAAUUUGACGUAGAAAGAGUAAAUGAAGCUACUCGGAUUGAGAUUUGCUGCGCAGCGAAGCCAGGCCUUUUGCUAUCAACAGUAAAUACUUUAGAAGCAUUAGGCCUUGAGAUUCAACAGUGCGUUAUUAGCUGCUUCAAUGACUUUGCAAUGCAAGCUUCUUGUUCAGAGGAAUUGGAGCAGAGAAGAUUGAUAAGUUCUGAUGACAUAAAGCAGGCAUUAUUUAGAAGUGCAGGAUAUGGAGGAAGAUGCCUGUAGAAAUAAUAAAAAGUGUAGAAGGGUGGAAGAACUGGGGAAGGAAUUUUAAUAGUUUUCCAAAUCUCUGUUUCAAGUGAGGUUGUAGUGACUUCAAUUUUUCAAAUAAGUUACUUCUACUCAUCAGAGCUUUUGUAUUAUCUCCUCCAAUUGGAGGACAACAUAUUAUUUCAAGUUCUUUAAUGUGAUGGCAAUAUUUUUGGAA